CAGAGGAAAUGGAAAGUGCAGAGUCCCUGGGCAGCAAAGGUCUUGCUUAACAAACAGUAUGAAUGUCAGUGUGAAUGAAGCAGAGUGAGCAGGGCCCAAACACAAACAAUGAUGGUGGCAUGACGGGAGAGAUGAAGCCAUGCAGUGGCUGAGAGAUCGUGUGUGAAGGAGGUGACUAGAUCGAAAAUUCUCAUUAGUCUUGAAAUUUCACUACUGCGUUUGACUAUGAUGAUGCAACCUGUUUGGAAGAAGAAAAACUGGUGUAAAACAGGCUUAGAAAGUUAAGUGACUUGCCAAUAGCCUCGAAGUGUUUGAACCCAGUUCUUAAGGACUCCAAAAGCCACGUCUCUUCUCCCACACUUCGCUGACCCCAAGAAGCUUAAGUGACAUGGAGGAAAAAUAUAGAUGUGUAUUCCAGAAGUGACAGUUCAUGGCACAUACAGUCAGAGCAUGCUAUUGGGCACUUAUUUUUGUCAUUAUGUUGCUGUUGGUUAAAGCAGAAAUAGAUGUGUGCAGAAGAGGAAAUGUGACUGUGACGCCUUCCCGUGUAAUUUCACUUGGGUCAGCUGUCAACAUUUCAUGCUCUCUGAAGCCUAAACAAGGCUGCUCUCAGUAUUCCAGUUUUAACAAGUUAAUCCUCUACAUGUUUGACAAAGUGAUCAAGUCACAGCGUGGCCACUCCCUCAGUUCUGAGAUCUCAGGUCUCCCUCUGGGUACAACACUGUUUGUCUGCAAGAUGGUCUGUGGCGACAGUGAGGGGAUCCGAAUAUGUGGGGCAGAGAUCUCAGUUGGUGUUGUUUCAGAACAGCCUCAAAACUUAUCUUGUGCACAGAAGGGAGAACAUGGGAUGGUGGCUUGCACCUGGGACAGAGGACGAGACACCCACCUAUAUACGACGUAUACUUUACAGUUAAAGGGACCAAAAAAUUUAACUUGGCAGAAGCAAUGUAAUGGCUAUGAUUGUGACCAUUUGGACCUUGGAAUCAACCUAAGCCCUGAAUCACCUGAAUCCAGUUACACAGCCAAAGUUACUGCUAGCAAUAGUCUUGGAAAUGCCUCUUCAUUUCCAUCCACAUUCACAUUCUUGGACAUAGUGAAGCCUCUUCCUCCGUGGGACAUCAGAAUCAACUUUGUAAAUGAUUCUGUGAGCAGAUGCACUCUUCAGUGGAGAGAUGAGGGCAUGGUGCUGCUUAAUCGACUCAGAUAUCGGCCCAGUAACAGCAGGUCCUGGACUAUGGUUAAUACUACAAAUGCCAAAGGAAGACAUGAUUUGUUGGACCUGAAACCAUUUACAGAAUAUGAAUUUCAGGUUUCCUCUAAGCUACGUCUUCAUAAAGGUAGUUGGAGUGACUGGAGUGAAUCGUUGAGAACGCAAACACCAGAAGAAGAGCCUACGGGAACGUUAGACAUCUGGUACGUGAAACAGAACAUUGACUACAGUAGACAACAGAUUUCUCUUUUCUGGAAGUAUCUGAGUGUCUCAGAGGCAAGAGGGAAAAUCCUCCACUAUCAUGUCACCUUGCUGGAGGUGGCAGGGGAGAAAACCACACUACGGAACAUCACAGAGAAUACCUCCUGGACCUGGGUCGUUCCCAGAACUGAGAACUGGGCUGCGGCUGUGUCUGCUGCUAACUCAAAAGGCAGUUCCCUGCCCACUCGUGUUAACAUAACGGACCUGUGUGGGGCAGGGUUGCUGGCUCCUGGCCAGGUCUCUGCAAACUCAGGGGGUGUGGACAACAUCCUAGUGACGUGGGAGCCUCCCAGGGAGGCCGCCUCUGCUGUCCGCGAGUACGUGGUGGAAUGGAGGGAGCUCCCUCCGGGGCACAGCACGUGGCUCCCUCUGAAGUGGCUACGAACCUCCCCACACAACUUGUCUGCUUUGAUUUCAGAGAACAUAAGGCCCUACGUCUGUUACGAAAUCCGCGUGCACGCGCUGUCAGGGCACCGGGGAGGAUGCAGCUCCACCCGGGGGGACUCGAAGCACAAAGCACCACUGAGUGGCCCCUACAUUAAUGCCAUCACAGAGGAAAAGGGGAGAACUUUAAUUUCAUGGGACGAAAUUCCAGCCCAGGAACAAAAGGGCUGCAUCCUCCAUUACAGGAUAUACUGGAAGGAACAGGACUCCAGUUCCCAGCCUCGAUUUUGUGAAAUUCCCUAUAGGGCCUCUCCAAAUUCACACGCACUAGACAGCCUGCAGCCCUGGGUAAGACACGUCCUGUGGAUGACGGCUCUGACAGCUGCUGGUGAAAGCCCCCAAGGAAACAAGAGGGAGUUUUGUCUACAAGGGAAAGCCAGUUUGAGCACAUUUGUGGUACCGAGCAUUUGCACUGCUGUCAUCAUGGUGGGCAUCUUCUCAGUCCGUUACUUCCGGCAAAAGGUAUUUGUUCUCCUUUCAGCCCUCAGGCCUCAGUGGUGUAGCAGAGAAAUUCCAGACCCAGCGAAUAGCACUUGGGCCAAGAAAUAUCCCUUUGUGGAGGAGAAUAUGCAGCUGCCCUUGGACAGGCUCCUGACAGACUGGCCCACUCCGAAAGAACCUGAGCCCCUGGUCAUCAAUGAAGUCCUUCAUCAAGUGACCCCAGUCUUCAGACAGCUCCUUUGUUCCAACUGGCCAGAAAAGGGAAAAGGAGUCCAAGGUCACUAUACCUCGGAAGAAGACGCAGGGUACAGUGCCUCAAGCUCACCACCUCCAAGAGCUCUCACAGCAGAGACAGGACAGCUAGUGAAUCUCUACAAGGUGCUGGGGGGCAAGGGCCCCGGCUCCAAGCCAGGAAACCCAGGAAGCCCCUUAACAGUCCUCCCAGUGGACUACCUUCCCACCCAGGAGGGCUACCUACCCUCCAACAUAGAUUACCUCCCUUCACAGGAGGCUCCUCUAACUGAGCCCCUGGAAGAGCUGGAGCCUCAGCACAUCUCUCUUUCUGUUUUCCCCUCGAGUUCCCUUCACCCGCUCACCUUCUCCUGUGGAGAGAAGCUGACUUUGGAUCGGUUAAAGAUGGGGUGCGGCUCCCUCAUGCUUUGAGUGAAGCUUGAAACUUGGAAAAUCAAAGUGCUCCCGACCAGUACAGCACGCCCAUCUACCCAGCCCUCCGAGCACUGUCGUCACCUCUGGGUGCUAUUAGACUGGCUGCAGCUAGAGGGUAGUCAAGAAAGCUCAGGGUGAAUCUUAGCAACUGUGAGUUGGCUGCAAUCCAGAUACCUCAUCUUGCCUUCUCUAGAGGCUGAAGAUUACAUCCUUUACUAAAUGGACCUACAGACUCCAGUCCAAGUUCCCGUAACUUUGUUGGCUAUGCUAGCUAGCAUUACUGAAGAACUGAAUUUUUAUUGUAAUUAAGUCACACCUGGGCUUAGUGGCUACUGUAUUAAACACAUAUACAGAUGGAUACAUUAGUGAGAAUGACAGGGGAACCUUCAAAACAGAUCAGCCUAGUUUUACAAAUGAUAUAAAAGACCCUCGUGAACACCAAUAUAAAAGGACUCCCAAGACUGCUUAUUUGUGGAAGCCUAAGAAUGUAUGUUUCCUCCUAGUUUUGUCUUCACCUUUCAGUGACUCAACCACAGCUUGUGGAAAGCUACUGUAAACCCACCUUAGGACCCUGAGCAAGCAGCCUCCCCUCUGAAACCAGGUGUCUUGAAAAGGAGUGGGGGCCAAGGCUCUGCAGUGCCGUUUCUCUCCGACACAGCACGUACUGCCU